CCGCACCCCGCACCGCCGCUCCGCGCCCGCCGCCGUCGACCUCAGCAGAGCUCGAAGAGGAGGGAUCGCCCGGAGCUCCGGCGCCCCCCAUCCCGGUCCGGCCCGGGAUGCUGCACGGUGCUGAGCACUGAGGGGCACCAUGGGGUGCGCGGCGUAGCCCCCCGCCGUGGCCGCCCCGCCGUGGCCACCCCGCCGUGGCCCCCGCGUGGCGCCGGAGCCCCCCCCCCGGUCGGUGCUGAGCGCUCCUUGAUGGAAUUGCGGUGAAUGGAACAGAAGCCCAGCACCCUGGACCCGCUGUCGGAGCCAGAGGACACCCGGUGGCUGGAUGGGAAGCGCAAAAGAAAGAGCAGCCAAUGUUUGGUGAAGAGCAGCAUGUCAGGGUACAUCCCUAGUUACCUGGACAAAGAUGAACAGUGCGUGGUGUGCGGGGACAAGGCCACCGGCUACCACUACCGCUGCAUCACCUGCGAGGGCUGCAAGGGAUUUUUCCGUCGGACCAUCCAGAAGAACUUGCACCCCACCUACUCCUGCAAAUACGAUGGGUGCUGCGUCAUCGACAAGAUCACCCGCAACCAGUGCCAGCUGUGCCGCUUCAAGAAGUGCAUCUCCGUGGGCAUGGCCAUGGACUUGGUGCUGGAUGACUCCAAGCGGGUAGCCAAGAGGAAGCUGAUCGAGGAGAACCGGGAGCGGCGGCGGAAGGAGGAGAUGAUCAAAUCCCUGCAGCACCGCCCCAACCCCAGCGCCGAGGAGUGGGAGCUGAUCCACGUUGUGACAGAAGCUCACCGCAGCACCAAUGCCCAGGGCAGCCACUGGAAGCAGAAGCGGAAAUUCCUGCCUGAGGACAUCGGCCAGUCCCCUAUGGCCUCCAUGCCUGACGGGGACAAAGUCGACCUGGAGGCGUUCAGCGAGUUUACAAAAAUCAUCACCCCGGCCAUCACCCGCGUGGUCGACUUUGCCAAAAAACUGCCCAUGUUUUCAGAGCUGCCUUGUGAGGACCAGAUCAUCCUGCUGAAGGGGUGCUGCAUGGAGAUCAUGUCGCUGCGGGCGGCCGUGCGCUACGACCCCGAGAGCGAGACGCUGACGCUGAGCGGGGAGAUGGCGGUGAAACGGGAGCAGCUCAAGAACGGCGGCCUCGGCGUCGUCUCCGAUGCCAUCUUCGACCUGGGCAAGUCCCUCUCUGCCUUCAACCUGGAUGACACCGAGGUGGCCCUGCUCCAGGCUGUGCUGCUCAUGUCCUCAGACCGGACGGGGCUGAUCUGCGUGGAGAAGAUCGAGAAGUGCCAGGAGACCUAUCUGCUGGCCUUUGAGCACUACAUCAACUACCGCAAACACAACAUUCCCCACUUCUGGCCCAAGCUGCUGAUGAAGGUGACGGAUCUGCGGAUGAUCGGCGCCUGCCACGCCAGCCGCUUCCUGCACAUGAAGGUGGAGUGUCCCACCGAGCUCUUCCCCCCUCUCUUCCUCGAGGUCUUCGAGGACCAGGAGGUGUAGGGACGACACCACCCCCACCCUGUGCCCCCCAAACCCUGCUCUGGCCCCCCCUCAAAUCUUUCUCGUCCCCUGUAAGGACAAGGGGAUGCUGUGCCCAGGGUGGGGGUCCUGCUGUGCCCCCCAACAGCCACCCCCCACGCCCCCCACCCCGCCCCAGGACUUGACGAAUUUUGUUUGUUUGCACAGGGAAGGGCCCCGACGGUCGAGCGUUCCCUUUAUUGUCCUUCUCUUCGUAGAUUAUUAUUUUUUAAGCAUUUAUUUCCCUCCCUGAGAGGCUAAAAUAUUAAACUAACUGCACUUUGGAAGGAGGAGGAGGAGGAAGAGCAGGGAGGAGAGGAGGGGGCUCUGGGCUGCACAGGGAGAGGCUGCCCCGGCUGGGGGGCCGUGGCCAUAUGCACUUUUGGCCGGGCAGCAAUUUGGGGGGCUGGGGUGGGGGCCAGGACCCUCCCCCAUAGCAGGGCAGGGGCUGGGACCCCCAUCCCCCAUAGUGGGGUGAGGGCCAGGACUCCCCCACAGCAGGGUGGGGGCACAGGGGGGGCACAGCAGUGGCGAGGGAGACCCCAGCCCAUCGGGGUGCAGGGCUGGUGGACCCCUCCCCACCCCAGCCCACUGGGUCUGCCCCGGCUGGGGUGACCCCCCCGUGUCCCCCCCUUAUCCCCAAAUUUGGGGCCAGAAUUGGGGUUUUGGGGGUUUCUCUUGUCUUUUUUUUUGGGCUGAGAGCAGACGAUUUUUGUGCCAAGCGCCACGGAUGGUGGGCGCUGCAGGACACUGGGGGGGGGGGGCACUCCCCCCUCCCCAAACCCCCCCAAUUUUCCGUUGUCCUUUUUUUUUUUUGUUGUUCUUUUUCCCCUUGUCCUCGUGGGUUUUGUCGUGUCCGUCAGGAGUUGCAAAGGCCCCGGAGGCGCUGGCUGGGGGGGGCUUUGGGUGCCCCCCCGGGACCCCCCCACUGCA